CAAGUCAAUUAGCAUUAAAUUGCAGAAACGAGGCAACGAUCAAACAUUAUUCUUACAUGCUUAUUUUGAGAUCACCAUCAAAUUUCGCACACUGUUUAUCAACAAUUCUCUCGAUGUAAAAAUACGCAGCGUUCUUCGUAAUUUCCUCUCUAUAUUUUGUUUCUAAUCUCGCGCGGGUAACUUUGGCCUCAUUAACCGCAGUCUCGGAGGAGGAGGAGGAGGAGGUAGGGCUUAGGACUUAGGGCCUUUCCCACCCCGCACAAGUGACAGCUGAUCCAAACGCUUUCUUUUUUUCGUCUAUGGCGUGGAAUGGAAGUGAUAAUGAUAAUGAGUGAAUAAGAUAAGCGGUCGCGACCGGGCCAACACCUGGUGAAAGAACGCCGUCGUUCCCGUCAUCACGUGUCACGUGGAGUUAAACGCUGGCAUCCGAACAACCAUCUCAAUUAGAUGACGGCGCGACGCCGUGGGCUGGCAGGUCAUGGGGGCCUGUCUCGGCCGCUGUUUAACGAAAGUCACAGAUUCCAUACCAUACAGAUUUUAUCAAAGGCAUACCAGAAUGUCUUUCCAAGAAGAAGAACGAGUUGAGUUGGAUGAUGGAGGGCACAGAGACCAAGCUAAAGGAUCAAAAAGUCUCUUAUCAUUCCUCUCCUUAAAAAGAUUCAAGAAAAAACAUGGGGUUCCAGUGACUCUGGAAUUAUUGGAAGAUGGAAGGUGGUCACGAAGUGGCAAUAAGUAUGCCAGGCUGAGUUCCAGGCACGACGUUUCUACGAGUUCUGGUCUGGAUAUGUCGCUUCAAGUUCUUGACGCAAGAACUUUAAUGAAACAACAGACUUACGUCUCGUCCACUCCAGGAUCAUCGUUAGAUCUUGAAUGGGAACACGAAGGAAUGCCAAUACCAAUCAUGAAAGAUGAAAAGGAAAAUUUGGAGUAUUCUUUAACACAGACGUCACCUAAUAAUAGUCAACCCUCUAGCCUGACGGCAUCUCCUUGGUCCAGAGUCUCGAGUCCAAAUAGUUUAGAAUGGGAUCCAGUAGAAACAGAUAUUGUAUGUGUUGAUGUAGAGACUGAACAACUUCUAACAGAGAUAGAGAGAUUAACAGACAGAGCUCUAAAAGAGACUGGUGAAUGGACUAGCACUAACACCGACAGCUGAUAAAUGAUUCAACUGCAAUUAACGUGGUAUCAUUUGUAUUUUUGUAUAAAAAUGCAAUGGUGGAGUUAAAAUAGACGUCCUAUACUUGUGAAGAAGUUAUUAUUUCGGUAUUACUAUUCUUGAAAUGAUAUAACUAUGUUUAUUGUUUCAAAAAUAUAUAUUGUACAAAGAUAUGUCGAAUACAAAGAUCUGACACGGAUAUCUACAUUGUAGAGUAUCUUAUAAUGAUCUUUAGCACAAAAAGGAAUUACUAAUCUAGUUGUGUACAACUCAAAAAAAAAUAAUUUGCAACAUACAAUAUGUACAGCAAUUGUACGCGAAUAAAAGAUAUAUUUCUUGUUUUCAAUUUUUAGAUAAGGUAUUUGCUUGCUUAAAAUGGAAAAUUAAACUUUUUAAAUUUGAUAUCAAGUUUAGUUUAGCUUUUGUCUCACGCAGCUUCCGUACGACAAUAAAUUAUUUUUUACGAAAUGAAAUGUGCCAUGUUUUACUUACAUACUUCAAACUUUUACAUAUGUGCACUUAAAUGAUUUUUGUCUUAAAACAAUAGAUUGCUUAAAUAAUGCAAGUACUAAUAAUAAUAAUGCAAAUAAAUAUGUAAGAGAUUCUAUUACAGGAUAUUUUUUUAUGUAAUUUUCGAGCUAUUAGAUUUAAAUUUAAGAUAUAAAUGCAAUUUAAACCACACACAUCAACAAAUCAUAUAAUUUAGAAAAAUAGCAAAUGUACAAAAGAAGAAAGUUUCUGAUAGGAAUUAUUUUAUUGUAAUAAAAAGCAUGUAAGGACGAAAUUGUUACUGUAAAUGAUGAAUGUAGAAUGCCUUAACAUAGAUAAUAAAAGAUUAUGAAGUUUGCUAUAGUU